CUUUCUCUCACUCUUCUUACUCUAUUGCAACUCUCAUUCGUCUAACUUGUGCUGUUUGUUCCUGUUAUUGUUCUUCCUAAACCACCUACACACCUCGCCGUCACAAUCAUGAUGUCGGACGCGAAGGUUGUGGUCGACGAAAAGCAGGCCGCUCUCAACGGUUCUGACCAGGACUUGGCUCGAACCGAUACCGUAGAUGUUGGUGUAGUUGAGAAGGCGGAUCAGCUUCAACGCCAUCUCGGUAACAGACAGGUGCAGUUGAUUGCCAUUGGCGGCUCCAUUGGUACAGCUACAUUCGUCAGCAUCGCCAGUGGUCUGGUCAAAGGAGGCCCGGGGAGCUUGUUCCUCGCGUACGCCAUAUACUCGUGUGUUCUCGGUUUGGUCAAUAACAGCAUGGCUGAAAUGGCCACGUACAUGCCUGUAUCUGGAGGCUUCAUCCGCAUGGCCGGGCACUGGGUUGAUGAAUCGUUUGGCUUUAUGGCUGGUUGGAAUUUCUUCAUCUACGAAGCCAUCUUGAUUCCCUUCGAAAUCACCGCAUUAAAUCUCGUUUUGACCUUCUGGCGCGAUGACAUACCAGUGGAAGCCGUUGUAGCCUUUUGCAUCGUCACUUACUUCCUCAUCAAUGCAUUCGUCGUAAAAUACUACGGUGAGGCGGAGUUUUGGCUUGCCAUUGGCAAAGUUUUCCUCAUCCUGAUCCUUUUCUCAUUCACUCUUGUUACAAUGUGCGGUGGAAAUCCCAAGAAAGACGCAUACGGAUUCCGCGCCUGGCGCGACCCUGGUGCAUUUGCGGAGUACAUUACCACUGGAGAUCUUGGACGUUUCCAAGGAUUCCUUGGUUCUCUGUGGAGUGCUGCUUUCACAGUCGUUGGACCUGAAUACGUAUCGAUGAUCUCCGGAGAGACAAAGCUGCCUCGUCGAUAUCUUAAGAACGCAUUCAAAGCAACCUACGGGCGCUUUGCUUUCUUCUUUAUUGGAAGCGCUCUCUGCGUUGGAAUCGUGUUGCCCUACAACAACCCCACUCUUGUCUCCAUCCUAAGUGGAGAUUCCAAAGGAGCGGGUACUGCCGCCGCAUCUCCUUACGUUAUCGCUAUGAAGAACUUGGGCAUCAAUUCGCUCCCUCAUUUAACAAACGCCCUUCUUGUCACCAGCAUUUACUCAGCCGGAAACGCCUACACCUACUAUGGAACCCGUUCUUUGUACAGUCUGGCACUUGAAGGCCACGCUCCUGCGAUCCUCCGCAAGUGCACCAAGUCCGGCGUGCCACUAUACUGCUUGUGCAUUACCUGCCUCUUUCCUUUCCUCGCCUUCUUGAACGUUUCGAGCUCUACCGCCAAAGUUCUCGCCUGGUUCACGAACGUUAUUACUGCCGCCCAGAUCAUCGACUAUAUCGUGAUCUGCAUCACAUAUCUCUUCUUCUACAAGGCUUGCAAGGCACAGGGCGUCAACCGCCGUACCCUACCAUACUUCGGUUACUUCCAGCCCUACUCCGCAUGGAUUGGUCUUGUUUUCCUAACAAUGGUUGUCUGCACAUACGGAUAUGCCACAUUCCUACCUGGACGAUGGGCCAUUGACGGCUUCUUCACGCAUUACCUCAUGGUGUUUGUUUCGCCCUGCUUCUUCAUCGGCUGGAAGCUAGUCAAGCGCACCAAAUUCAUCCCGGCGAACGAGGCAGACUUGGUUUGGGAAGCUCCGGCAAUUGAUGCAUACGAAGAAGCUUACAACGAGCCUGCCGUGGGCUUCUGGACAGAGAUUCUGCAAAUGUUUGGACUGCGAAGGAAGCACAGCGAGAAGGCGGAGGCUUGAUCGGGGUGAUUCGAAGUCGUGGUCUAAACUGCACACAAGAUGACCUCGUCAUGUAUAGAUACAUAGUUAUUAUUGGGCGGCAACAACUCAUUCUGGAGUAAGAGGAUGUGGAGGUAGGGAGUCUUUGUGGUGGUCGUACAUACCAGCGUAUGCACUUAAAUACCAG